UGAUUGUAUGUGCAUUGAAUAGCCAGUUGUAAAGCUAAAUUGACUUAAGAAUUAUUGCAUUCGCAUUUUAGUUGUGAUAGUGUAAAGGUCGUGUGUUCGCUUCUUAAUUAGUAAACAAAAAUUUUAAAAAAAUUAAAAUAUUUUUUAUAUAUUUUUGCAAGUUUAUUGGCAAAUUAAUUAAAAUAUGACCAGAGCUAAUAUCAUUUGGUUUCGACACGGGCUACGUUUACACGAUAAUCCAGCUUUAUUAGCCGCUAUCGCUGAUAAAAACGAUGAAGUGGCUUUACUUCCCGUAUUCAUAUUUGAUGGAGAGAGCGCUGGUACAAAAUGUGUUGGCUACAAUCGUAUGCGUUUUUUAUUAGACUCUUUACAAGAUAUAAAUGAGCAAUUGCAAGCGACUAGCGGUGGAAUAGGUAGACUUUUUAUCUUUCAGGGUAAUCCAGUGAGCAUUUUUCGCCGCUUAAACGAUUUUGUCAAUAUACAGAAAAUAUGUUUUGAGCAAGAUUGUGAGCCUAUAUGGAAUGAACGUGAUAAUUCUGUAAAAGAUAUGUGUCAAGAGUUAAAUAUUGAGUGGGAAGAAAAGGUCUCUCAUACACUUUGGGAUCCACGCACUGUGAUUGAUACAAAUGGUGGUAUACCCCCUUUAACCUAUCAGAUGUUCUUGCACACUGUACAAAUUAUUGGACUACCACCUCGACCUGUUGAGGAUCCAGAUUGGCAGGGAGUUCCAUUUCUCGAGUUACCUAAUGAGCUAAUGAAUGAAUUGCAUUGUUUCCGUAAGACACCUGUACCUGAAGAUUUUAAUAUUUAUCCCGAUAAUGUGGGAUACAUGGUAAAAGUAAACUGGAUUGGUGGUGAGAAACAAGCAUUGGUACACUUAGAAGCGCGGUUAAAGGUUGAAGAAAAUGCCUUCAAGUGUGGUUUUUAUCUACCAAAUCAAGCAAAUCCCAAUAUUUUAGAAUCGCCCAAAUCGAUGAGUGCACACUUACGUUUCGGGUGUUUAUCUGUACGCAGAUUUUAUUGGGAUGUACAUGAUCUCUUCAAUAAAAUACAACAACAAGCUUUAAAUUCUGGCUAUCAUAUGGCAGGUGGAGCACAUAUUACUGGUCAACUCAUAUGGCGUGAAUAUUUUUAUACCAUGUCUGUUAAUAAUCCCAAUUAUGAUCGCAUGGACGGCAAUGAAAUUUGUUUAAAUAUACCAUGGGCACAAAAGUCCACCGAACAAUUGCAACGUUGGGAAAUGGGACAAACCGGUUUUCCAAUAAUUGAUGCAGCAAUGAGACAGUUAUUAGCAGAAGGUUGGCUACAUCACACUUUACGUAAUACUGUAGCUACAUUUUUAACACGUGGUGGACUUUGGCAAAACUGGGAACACGGUUUACAACAUUUUCUAAAAUAUUUAUUAGAUGCUGAUUGGUCAGUUUGUGCUGGUAAUUGGAUGUGGGUAUCCUCAUCAGCAUUUGAACGCUUAUUAGAUUCAUCUAUGGUCACAUGUCCUGUAGCUUUAGCUAAGCGUUUGGACCCUAAUUGUGAAUAUAUCAAGCAGUACGUGCCCGAGUUGCAGAAUGUACCAAAAGAAUAUAUACAUGAACCCUGGCGUAUGCCAAUGGAGCUACAAGAAAAUGUCGAAUGUGUCAUUGGAGUACAUUAUCCGGAACGUAUGAUAGACUUAUCAUUAGCUUCAAAACGGAAUAUGUUGGCUAUGAGAACUUUAAGAGAUGCUUUAAUUGCAGAAGGUGCACCAAAUGAUGGACCACCACAUUGUCGUCCAUCCAAUGAGGAAGAAGUUCGGCAAUUUUUCUGGUUAGCAGCUUAAUACUUUGGGGCUUACUUAAUGUACAAUGUAAUAUUAUUCCAAAUAUAUAUUAAAUAUAAAUGAAUAAAUGUGAAAUAUA